CCAGUGUCGCCAACACUCCACAGUUGUGAAAACAUGGCGGAACAAUUUGACGUUUCUGCUGAAAGGCGUAAAGUUUUGGAAGAAAAUGCUAAAAGAAGAACUGUUCUUCGCAACUUCUUUUUGAAACAAGUUUCGGACCCAUUCAGACAUGCAUCGGGUGAAGGGGGCACUGUGUUCGAUCCAGCCCUCCAGCGUUACCAAGCCAUGCGAGUGACCACUUACGACCAUUUCAAACCCAAUCCCAAAACCGCCGGUUAUGGUUUCUUCUUAACACUCCUCCCAAUGGUUGGUUAUAUUUAUCUCCUCCAUACUUCGAGGCAAGCUAAGGAGAAGAGAUACCGAAAUGGAGAAGUCGCCUACAAAGAUCGCGACUUCAAGUUUGUUUAAAUCACGCUAAUGAAAACAAUUUAGUUUCAUUUGUAAAUCUUGUUAGCAUUAAAAAAAUGAAAAAAAAUUGUUUUUUCC